AUGGCUCCUGCCCACGUUCUAUCGCUACCAACCGUUAGCAUCGGUUUCCGGCCAAGAAAAUCCGACGGACGAACCAAAACCAUAGCCGCCGCCAAGACUCAGGAACCUCACAAUCACAACCAAAAUUGGGUUGUUGGAUCGAAACUAGCAGCAGCGGAUCAUCAAUAUAAAAGGCCGACGAAAUCGAGGGUGGACGUUGACCGAUUGGUGAAAUUCUUAUACGAUGAUCUCCACCACGUGUUCGAUGAACAAGGAAUUGAUCCGACGGCUUACGAUGAAGAAAUAGAAUUUCGAGAUCCAAUUACAAAACAUGAUGACAUUAGAGGAUAUUUGUUAAAUAUUGCUCUCUUGCGACAAUUCUUUAGCCCUCAGAUCAUCUUGCAUUGGGUUAAAAAGACAGGACCAUAUGAGAUAACAACAAGAUGGACUGCAGUAAUGAAGUUUGUUCUUCUACCAUGGAAACCAGAAUGUGUUUUGACAGGAACUUCAAUCAUGACUGUUAAUCCAAACACUGGCAAGUUCUGUAGACAUGUGGAUCUUUGGGAUUCAGUACAAAAUAAUGAUUACUUUUCUAUAGAAGGCCUUUGGGAUGUAUUUAAACAGUUUCGAUUUUAUGAAGCUUCAGAAUUGGAAUUGCCCAAAUAUCAGACAUUGAUAAGGACUGCAAAUUAUGAGGUGAGAAAAUAUGGACCAUUUGCUGUGGCAGAAAGAAGUGGAGAGAACUUGUUUGGGUGUGUCAAUAGCGUCGGCGGUUGGGGUGAUUGUAAAGAGGACGACAGAAUCAUGAAGUUGAGAAAUAAGGAAGGAGGAAUUGCUGCAGUGUUGAAUUUCAGUGGAAAAGCUACAGAAGAAAUGGUGAAAAACAAAGCCAAAGAAUUAAGGCAUUAUCUCAAAAAAGAUGGCCUCAGAAGCGUUAAUAAUAAUAGCUGUUUACUUGUACGUUACAACAAUUCCAACCAAACAUGGAGUUUUGCAAUGAGAAAUGAGGUGCUAAUAUGGCUUCAAGAUUUCUCAAUUUAGUACAACAUGCAACUAUGCAAGUCCAAACACGGCUUUUGGACAACCCCAAUUGUUUUAUGCAAGUUAUUUGAUGUGUAAUUAAAUAUUCGAAAGUCAAUGUGUUUGUUGCCUUAUUUGGUGUGUCGAUUAUGAACUAUUAUUUGUCUCACUUUGUAGGUCGGCCGUACAAUUAUGACUUUCAAAAUUUCUAAUUUGAGAUGUGGAUUGGUUAA